CUUAGUGUUAAAGAGACAGGAUGAAUCACUGUGUUCCAGAUUCCGAAAUGGAAGACGAUGAUUCAAUCCCUUCUUCUAGUUUAACUCGCUCUAAAAAGCCUUCCAUACCAGAGGAUGAAGUUAUGGAGCUGUUGUGGCAAAACGGUCAAGUUGUUAUGCAUAGUCAAAAUCAAAGAUCUACAAAACUAUCGCCGCCCUUCAAAUUCCAGGAUUCCAACCAAUCAGCUCCCAGAGAGAUCCGGUCUUCUUCAUAUCACCAUCAUCAUCAACAACAGCAGCAGCAGCAAUUGCUUACUGAAAAUCAUCUCUUCAUGCAAGAAGAUGAAAUGGCUUCAUGGCUUCACUAUCCUCUCGGCGACGCUAGCUUCGACCGCGAAUUCUGUGCUGACCUCCUCUAUCCUUCCUCCGCCGCGGCAGCCCCUUGCGUUACCUCAGUCACCGCUACUACCUCAUCCGCUCCACCUCCGCUCGGAACAGUUUCUCAAUUUUCAGCUUCGGCUUCUAGGCCCCCGGUACCGCCGUCGAGGAGGAAUGAGUUGGAGUCAUCGAGGAUCCAGAACUUCGUUCACUUCUCCACGAAUAAAGCGACGAGGGCGGAGCAAUCUGCACCGUCGAAUUUUAAGAGCGCUGUCAGAGAAUCAACGGUCGUUGAUUCCAGCGAUACUCCGACGAUGGCUCCCGAAUCAGGGGCCUCUUGGGCCAUGCCGAGCAACACUGAGGGGGCAUCUGGCGGGAACAACAACACUGACUGCGCCAACAUGAGCGUCGCCGCUGGAGUCAGCGGGAGUGCCAGCAAAGACAAUUUAGACUCGUUCGAGGUCACGGUGACAUCAUCCCCUGGCGGCUCAAGUGCCAGUGCUGAACCGACGGCUCAAAAGGCUGCACCGGCUGAGGACCGGAAGCGUCAAGGAAGAGAACUGGACGACGCCGAAUGUCACCGCGAGGAUUUUGAAUUUGAAUCCCCUGAGACAAAGAAACAAACGCGUGGAUCCACAUCAACAAAAAGGUCUCGUGCUGCAGAGGUCCAUAACCUUUCAGAAAGGAGACGCAGAGAUAGGAUAAAUGAAAAGAUGAGGGCUUUGCAAGAACUUAUACCUCGUUGCAACAAGUCCGACAAAGCCUCGAUGCUGGAUGAAGCUAUUGAGUACUUGAAGUCACUUCAGUUGCAAGUUCAGAUGAUGUCCAUGGGUUGUGGCAUGGUUCCAAUGAUGUUUCCUGGUGUUCAGCAGUACAUGCCAACAAUGGGAAUGGGGACUGGCAUGGGCAUGGAUAUAGGAAGGCCAAUGACGCCAUUUCCCAAUGUUUUGGCUGGCUCACCUUUACCAACGCCAGCUUCUGCUGCUCAUUUGGGUCCAAGGUUUCCAAUGCCAGCCUUUCAUAUGGCACCACCUGCUCCACCUACCGAUCCAUCGAGAAUCCAACCAAACAAUCAGUCAGACACCAUGUUAAAUCCGCUUAGCAUGCAAAACCCGAAUCAGCAGCUUUGUGUCCCAAAAUUUUCCGAUCCUUAUCAGCAGUAUUAUAUUGGUCUUCACCCGAUGCAAUUACCCUCUCCACAGAAUCAAACCAUGGCUCAGCCAAGUUCUAGUAGACCAGGCACCAGCAAGGGAGCAGAUAAUCUUGAGAAUCACCCAUCAGGUGACAUGGGAAGAUAGCACUAAAAAGUUUUACAAGUUAUGGGCAGCAUCAGCAACUCUGGGACUGCUGGCAGAAUGUAUUAUCUGAUAUGUGGUGGAGUGUUGGUUGCUUGUGUAUUUCUUUUUGACUU